CCACCACCAUCAUCAUCACCCAUGGCGCCAGAUAGCACCCGCCGUCCUCUGAAGAUUGUCGCCGGUGCUGAUGCCUUCGGCUGCAACCUCAAAGACGCCCUCGUCGCUCACCUCCGUUCGCUCGACAUCGAAGUUGAAGACAUCGGCACCGGAAAAUACUACUCCAUCGGUGAAGAAAUCGGCCGUCGCGUCAGCAGCGCCGCAAACUCUGAUGGCACUGCUACCAUCGAAACCCGUGGCCUCGUCGCUUGUGGCACCGGCGUCGGUGUCUCCAUCUUCGCCAACAAAUUUCCCGGCGUUUAUGCCGCCACAUGUGUAACAGCCGGCGAAGCUAGCAACGCUCGAUCCAUCAGCAAAUGCAACGUUCUUGCUGUCUCUGGGAUGAACACCACCCCUGAGACUGGCAUAGAAAUCCUCAAAUUUUGGCUUGAAACCCCCUUCAAAUCCCCUUGCCCUGCAUCAGGCAACAACCCGUGGCCCCAGGAAAUAGAAACCUUCCUCGACGAAUCGAUCUCCGAGAUGUCAAAGAUCGGAACUGAGGAGCCGGAGAAGCAGGAUACAUGUGCGAUUUGUUGUUUGGCUAAGAACAGGGAGUUUAGCCCUGUGGAAAUCAUGCCUGGUGGGUCGAUGAAGAUUGUCAGAGAGAGCCCAACAUCGGCUAUUGUGAGGUUUAAGGCUGGGAGUGUUGAACCGGCGCAUCAUCAUACGUUUGGGCAUGAUUUGGUUGUGAUGAAAGGGAGUAAGAGGGUUUGGAAUAUGAGUAAGGGGGAGAAAUAUGAUUUGGGGGUUGGUGAUUUCUUGUUUACCCCUGCAGGGGAUGUUCAUAGGGUGAAGUAUUUUGAAGAUACAGAGUUUUUCAUCAGGUGGGAUGGACAUUGGGAUAUUUUCUUGGACGAGGAACUUGAUGCAGCCAAAACAGCAAUUGAGAAGGACUUAAAUGCGUCUGUGUAACGUCUU